CAGAUAAUGCCACACAGUCGUCAAGGCCACUCUUUGCUAUCAUUUGGGCGCUCGCAGACAGAGGAGAGUCAGUAUCUUCAUAGCAACUUCUCUAGACCAGUAGAAAUAGUCAGACUUCUGUUUUGGUAUAAGGUAUUUUGCGCCCCAAUAGUGCCAAGUAGUUGUCACACAGUACAGUCAUGGUGUCCUGUGCGCUCUUCAUCCUGGGCCCUUUUUGGAUCCACAUUCUCACACAAGCCUGCAAGGGAGAGGAGCUGCCCCGGGAAGCAGUGUUGUCCUGGUUCAGAGAGCGGGUUCUGGAGGGCCUUGGGCUGGAGGAGCCUCUCCCAACCCGAGUGCAGAGUCUCGAUGGGGACACGGCACAGCCGGAAUCAAGACAUGCACCCCGGAGGGCCCCCAGGACAAGCAGGACAGCGUGGGUCAACCAUCAAAGCAGCCUGAACCAGGAAACAUCUCAAAUUAUUGUCUUCCCCAGUUCUGACUCCGCCUGUGCCAGAUCUGACUCAGCUCCUGGAGAAACCACCGACAAACACUUUACAUAUUAUUUCCAGCCGUCCAAGAACAACCACGAGACCCUGGUCACAUCUGCCCACUUCUGGUUUUAUGCAGGGGAAGCAGCCACAGGCAACUCCUCCGCCCAGCUGUUCAUCCUCACUUCGGCGCAGCAGCUUCUUCAGGCGGCGGAGGCUCCGUCCACAACGAGCUCAGAUGGAUGGACCACCUACCAGUUCAACCAAAACCUGCUGGCCUCUGUGGCUGAGGGGCCUUUUCUGCUCCAGGUCCGCUGUGCAGCCUGCGAGUGCCACGCCGACGAACCAGACAAGAUGCCCUUUCUUCACCUCCACGCUCAGCCUCGUGGUCCUGUCCGUUCACCCCGCCAGGCCCUGGCAACACUUCCCUGGUCUCCUUCCGCCAUCAACGUGCUCCAGAGGCCCUCUCAGGACAGACUCCAGCACAGCGACUGCCACCGAGCAGAGAUUGAAAUCAGCUUUGAGGAGCUGGGAUGGGACAGCUGGAUCGUCCAUCCAAAGGUGUUGACUUUCUACUACUGUGAAGGCAACUGCUCGUCCUCGGAGCACACCACCGCCAUGCUGGGGAUCACACAAUGCUGCACUCCGGUCCCGGGGACAAUGAAGUCCCUGAGGAUCACCACGACAUCCGAUGGCGGGUACUCGUUCAAUUAUGAGACCUUGCCCAAUAUUAUACCGGAAGAGUGUACUUGUAUAUGACCAUUAAAGCUUAAAAGGGUCAGUUCACCCAAAUUACAAAAAGACUUUUUUUUUUUUUUUUUAAGUAAAAGUGUUAUGGAGACAUUUUUGAUUUGAUGUGCUGAGGUUUUGACAUUUCUGCCUCUGACUGAAACUACUUUUGAACAAAAAUAAAUAAAUACUCUGUUAAAAGUACAUAGGCUAUACAAAUACACUGUUUAAAUGGAGAAGAUUUAGAGGUGGUUAUCUCAAACUCUAAGCACAUAAAACCAAAACUUCACAUAUUUUAUGAUAUGGGAGGAGUUAGAAAAUGCAUAGUUAUAAUUUGGGUGAACAAACCCUUUAAAAAUCUGCUAUUAAAUGCCAUUUAUCUUACUGAUCACAGAGUCUUCUCAAAGUUCCUUUUUGUCAUUUUUCUUUUUUCUAGUCUAAGUAAACAUACUGUAGGAUGAGCACUGUAUUGCUUUUCCUUGGUGUUGUGAUUCUCGCCUUUAGAGGGCAGCGUAGGCCUACUUUUCCAUAUAAUCAUUUCACAGCAAUACCUUCAGUGUGAUUUCUGUUAACGGAUAUAUAGUAAUGUAUGAUAUUAAACAAUUAAACAUGGAACCCAGUUGUGUUCAAUAAACACCACUAAC